ACUUGCUGGUCCCAGAGGCUGCAGUCCAGUCAGCACGGAAGCGGCCGCAGCCUGAGAGAUCACAGAGCCCGGCGAGAUGUGGGUUUUUGGUUAUGGGUCCCUGAUCUGGAAGGUGGAUUUCCCCUAUCAGGACAAGCUGGUCGGAUACAUCACAGGCUACAACAGGCGAUUCUGGCAGGGCAGCACUGACCACCGCGGGGUCCCAGGCAAGCCUGGAAGAGUUGUGACUCUAGUUGAAGAUCCUGGGGGGUGCGUUUGGGGUGUGGCCUACAGACUACCAGUAGGAAAGGAAGAAGAAGUGAAGGCAUACCUUGACUUCCGAGAGAAGGGAGGCUACAUGACCACCACGGUCAUUUUCUACCCAAAAGAUCCCACAACAAAACCCUUUAGCGUGUUGCUCUACAUCGGAACAUGUGACAAUCCUAACUAUCUUGGUCCUGCACCUCUGGAAGACAUUGCUGAACAGAUUUUUAAUGCAGCUGGUCCAAGCGGAAGAAAUACCGAAUACCUUUUCGAACUAGCAAAUUCUAUUAGAAACCUGGUGCCAGAAGAUGCAGAUGAGCAUCUUUUUUCAUUGGAAAAAUUAGUAAAGGAACGUUUGGAAGGAAAACAAAACCUCAACUGUAUAUAAAGACGCGAUCACUGACUUUUCCAAAUGAGCAGACCUUACUUAGCCUUUAGGAUAGCUUCACUCCCUGAUGGCAGAAGGAUUUGGAAAGCUUUUACUUUAGAAUCUUAUUUAUUUUUAAUGUUGUAGUCAAGAUGUCAGAAUUUAUAGUUCAACUGUGAGUGUCCCAAAACAAAUUAAAAAAAAAAAUAGGGGUCUAGUUAAAGAAAAAUUCAACUUUUAAUAUAAUGAUUUCUUAAAUAUAUGGUAGUGAAUACUUGCUUAUGAAAACAGUUCUUGAAAGUGAAGGACUCAAUUCAGAGCUUGUUUUUAUCAGAGUAGAACUAUAAUUCAUUUCAUAUUACAUUCUAUUUUAAAGUUACAGAGAAGUAAACCUAAAGUCCAAAAAAUAAAAGGUUGCACUUUAAAUAUAUUUGUAUAAGACAAUUCUGUAACCAUUGUUUAAGAUACUGCUUAAAAUAAUGUACAAUUAGUAAACAGUCAAAAUUUCAACCUUGUGAGUCUGGCAGUAGCGCAGCAGGUUAUGCGCACGUGGCGCAAAGUGCAAGGACCAGCUUAAGGAUCCCAGUUCGAGCUCCGAUCCCCCACCUUCAGGAGAGUCACUUCACAAGCAGUGAAGCAGGUCUGCAGGUGUCUUUCUCUCCCCCUUUGGCUUCCCCUCCUCUCUCCAUUUCUCUCUGUCCUAACAACGAUGACAUCAAUAACAAUAACUACAACAACAAGAGCAACAAAAGGGAAAAUAAAUAAAAUGAUUUCAACCUUAAUUGUUGAGUUCCCUUGUUAAGGUAUUAAAUGAGAUCCUUUCAAGAUUAUGGCAAAUAAUAUGGCAUUGUUAAUAUAAAAACUUCCUUGGAGUUAUACUGUAUUGCAUCUCUUUGUAUUAAUAGAUGUAUUUUACUACAUGUAAAAAUGCUGUUAAGCUACAAGAACAAAACAAUUAUAUUAUACAAACUGGGUUCACUAUGUAGCUUUUGAUUCACUUUGUAUUAGUCAUGUGCCAAAACUUUAAUAAAGAUGGGUUUCCUGAUACUGGGACCAGGUCAGUGGACAUAUUAAGAGUUACCACGUGCACAGAUUCAAGCCCCGAAACCCACUGGCACAGUGAAACUUCAUAAGCAGUGGAGCAGUGCUACAGAUGUCUGUUUCCACCUGUCUCUCAUCCUCUAUCAAAAAAGAAAAAAAAAAAAAGGCAACCAGGAAGAAUGGAGUGGUGCUGGCACCAAGCCCCAGUGGUUAAAAAAAAAAAAAAAAAUGAAGAAAUUAAAAGAUGGACCUUCUACUAUGACAAAAGAAAGUUUGCUACUUUAAAUGUCCUUUAGGAUUUUAAUUUUUA